UUCCAUUUAUCAGAAAACUUUAAAAAACUCGAUCUGAAAAAUUGAACUAGAUCUGUAAAGCUGCCACAGGAUAGAUACAGUACAGGUGCCAGCCAAGCUCUCAGGACAAGCUACAUGUUCCAGCAUAGACUGGUCCAUCUUGCUCAGCAGAGACGUGUGCUGAUACGUUUUAUAGGAUAAUGGCAGAAUCGGAUCUCGAUGAUGACCCUACCAUCACACAGCUACUGGCCAUUUCAGAGCACCACCUCCAUCAAACUCCACCCCUUGUCUCUGAAUCAGUCCGCUGUCUCCUAGCAACCCUCACUCUGUGUCCUUCCACUCGAAUAGAGGCCCGGGUCAGACUGCAACUAGGUCUAGUACUGUAUCAUCACACUAAUAAUGUGGUAGAAGCUCGGCAGCACCUUGACAGGGCGAUGCUAAUAUCUCAGUCAGCUAGCAACCUCCAUGAUGUCUCAUUUGAGGCCUCUUCACUGGCAGCACGUAUCAUGGUGGAGCAGAACGGUCUCUAUCAGGCCAAGAGUUUGCUCCGAAACCGUCUGGAGAUUUCUACCAGACACCCGUACUGGAAUGUUAGGCUCCUUCUUCAAUUGGCAGACAUUCACAUGCAAGAGAAAGAUGAGAAUUCUGUCCUGAGUACUUUAGACAGGUGUAUUGAGUAUGCCAGUCAAGUCAAUGCUACAUACACAAGAUUGCUGUGCUUGUUGUACAAGGGAGCGUUUCUCCUUACAAACCACCACUACAUGGAAGCCAGUGAAGUACUAAACGUCACCAGUUCCCUAAAGGACAGUUACCAUGGCAACAACAAGGGUAUCAUAAAUGCCUUCUAUCAGAUUGUACAGGUUGCACAUCUACUAAUAGCUGGCCAGAUGAAAGCUGCAAAGCCACACUUAAAGCAACUUCAGCAGCAGGUCAAAGUGUUUAGUUCGGAGAGAGAGCCACUGAACGACCAGUCAGGUCACUCCCCUCAAUCACCCGACUCAUUUCAAUGGAUCACUAAAGAACAAACUUUAGUAAUGGUGUACCUGUUGUGUGUGGUGCACUCCGUUUAUGGAGGUUUCUCCGACAAGGCUCUUGGAUAUGCUGACAAGGCACUGCAGCUCAUCAAUCUACACAAAGAAGACUCCAGUGUGAUGUGUAUCCUGAGAGCUCAUGUAUUGGAGCAUAUCAUCUCCAGCUUACUCAUGCAAGGGAAAACAGUAGCAGCUGGUGAAAAGCUCCACGAGGUCAUCUCCGUGUGCCACGGUCACCCUCAGCUGGUCUACUCACACAAAGCUGUCCUUCACACCUUACUGGGCCACUAUGCUCUGGCUACUGAUGACAGUCACAGAGCCAUUCAACAGUUCCAAACUGCGCUAAAGCACACCAACGAUGGAGACCUCUGCUCGCUCAUCUCAGUGAACUUGGCAGUAGCGUACAUGAAGUCCACUUCUGACCACACCUCAGAGCUUACCAACCUAAUGCAGGCCCUGUCCUCCGACUCCCCAAAUUGUCACAUCAAGGCAGCCAUCAGCUAUACCCAGGGACUCUACAAGUUCACCAGGAGAAAGAUACACGACGCAAAGUGCCAAGUACGGGAGGCCAUGCUGCUUGCCAACAAACACGACCUGGGGAAACUGACAUCUUGCUCUCUGAUCAUCCUAGGACAGAUAUUUAUGGCCCUGGGAAAUGUCAAGGAGGCCCAGGACAUGGCUUCCCCAGCGAUUCAGCUCUCCACUAGGAUUCCUGAUAAGAGACUGCAAGUCUGGGCCGCCUCUCUGCUAGCAGAUCUCUAUCACUCUGUUCGUGACUAUAGUAACGAGAUGGCAACUCGACAGCAGAUUGAGCGGACAUCCUCUGAGGUUCACACUGACAUGAUGAAGGCUAUCGAUUCACCCAACAACAAGCUUGCCCAGUGGACUGUUGGAGACUGGCCUGUGAGCAAGAUGCCCAAACUGUCUUAUCCUGCCCCCGCCUUUCAUAGACAUGUGCACACUCCUCAUCCGACACCAACAAUAAGUAGAACCAACAGUCAAACCGUUACCAGACACCAACCGAUUGUUAACUGUGCUGAAAUCGAUACUAAGCAUUUCCCGGGCAGGGUCAACCAUAGUAUGCAAACGAAAGAAGAUGCUACUGUUGAGAAGAUGGAGAUUGAGAGUUCACAAAGAAGUUCACAAAAAAGUAGGGCUGAGAGGUAUUCACAACCCGAACAGCUUACACCGCAGAGCAUUAGGAAUAUGGAGCUGAAACUGCACAAUGUGGUCAACUCACCUCGAGUCGCUUUAAAACGCAAUGACAACCAGUCCAGUGCAACCAGUAUUAAGUCUAGCCCAUUAGCUCUAACUAAAACGCCUGAGAUUCGCUUAGCAAAAGUUGUUACUCCCACUGACAUUUCCAUAUCUAACAGAAAUUUCCCUCUAGAAGAUUCUUUGAUGAGAACUAAUCCUGAAAAGCUCGACAUAACACCAUCUAGAACGGGUAAUGAACAUUUAAGGGAACAGAUUAGACCUAAGCAAAAUCCGCCGCAAAAAGAAACUAGCAUGCACGCUUCUUCAUUAACAGGUGAUAACACGAACACACCAGCAAGAAUGCCUCAUGAGCACACAUCAGGACAACACUGGAAUAGUCCGUCUCAGUCACUGCAAUAUGGAUCCAGUCAGCAGCAGUUCACCCCAGGGUAUGGUCCGUCUAACGACUUACAACAAAUUUCACAACAGCACAUAUCUCCACGGAACUUAACAGCACAGCUGACUCCACAUCAAAGAAACACUUCAUCACCUCAUUCUAAUUUAACAGCACCUGGGUUCCACCACACUCAUUCCCCCUCCCCCCACUCGAUGUCCCACCACGUCCCACAUCCUGCUCACAAUAUGUCGAAUCACCUGUCCCACCCACAACAGCUUAGCCACGCUGGACCGCCAAACUAUCCAACUAAACAACCAUCACCUCACGCUGGACCACCACCCUAUCCAACUAAACAACCAUCACCUCACACUGGACCACCAAUUUAUCCAACUAAACAGCCGUCACCUCAAUUGAAUGUCAGUUCUCUCUCCCCGCACAAGAGCCCUAGACUUGCGCUGCAUCAUUCUCCUGAGAAUACACAGGACUCUCAACAUCAACUUAUGUUGUCUCCUCACCACCAGUCUAAUGUGGGUGGUAACCAUACAACACACCUUGUCCAGGAUGGAUCACGUUCCUUGGCGCGCCAUGUGCGACAAGCCUCUCAGGAAUAUAGCAACGUCUCACUCCCUACAGGGUCUUCGUUGAUUCAACAGCAACAAAUGGGGACUGUACCAGCUCUGUCACAGAUAAACAGUUUUUAUCAGCAUCCCACAAUCCAGCAGUCACUCUCAUCCUCACAACAGCAAGCUGUUUUUCAGCAACGAGUGCUUCAACAACAACAACAGAUGCUUCAGGCUCAAGCUUCACAGCAACACUUGCUCAAUUUGCGGCAACAUAAUCCUAUUGGUAACACUCCACACACACCAGCUCUCUCACAGCAGAGUUUGCAGGGUGCCCUUUACCAUCAACAGAUGCUCAGCCAACAUCCGCCUGUAAAUAGGCAACUCUCACAUAUGAACGUGCUACAGCGAAUAGGACAAGAAGCAAAUCAAUCAUCACUUGGAAACACCGAAGCACUUCGAAUGCCGGCACUGCAUACCUACAGACCUCAGAAUGCUCAGCAGUUGCAGCUAAUGAAUGGAACUAACAUUGGUGGUACAGCACAAGGCGGAAUGUAUAUGACUCCGAAUUCACAGCGGUUCCCAUUCAAUCCACACCAAUCUGGUAGGUGAUUUUGUAAUCAUCAUAAACACUCAUUUAAUAUCGUUGCUGACAUUGUCCUCUAUCUUACAUGUAUCAUUUUCAAGAUUCUCUUUUAUUAAUACAAAAUUAAUGUGUCUAUGCCUGCAUGCAUGGUGCUAUAAUUUAUCAUGUUUCUUAUCAUUUUUGCAGUUACAUGUACAGUACUCGGCCAUGUUUUUAUAACUUUGUUCAUGUCAAUAAA